CUGCGGCUGUACUCCCUGUUGGCGAGCAUUCCUACCGCCCAGUUUUACACAGCUCAGCAGCCUCAAUGUCGCAGCGCUGUCCCAUUGUUGAUGACACAGCUGCCUGCUUCGUCCAUUAUCAGUGUGUACAGGCUGUUAAUCCAAGCGACCGUCGCCAAUUCGCCCCUUUCAAGGAGUGUUCACGCGCAAAAUGGAAAUUGCUUGGCCGAGCUCCACCCUCUCCUAUUUGACUACGAGAGGCCGUCUUGGCCUAGCAGCUACUUUGUAUUAGCAGCGACCAGCGAUGGACUCAAAGGUGACCACAGUGACUCGUCUUCUUUCCACCCCCUCUCUUUCCACCCCUGUCAUUCCUCCUCUAACGGGGGCAGUACCUCGUCUGCAGCGGAGGAUUCCACAACCAGCUAGGUAUACGUUCCGACCGACUGUUGGUGAGCACACCCCGUAGCCAAGGCUACUCACAGCAACGAGCCAUGGUACCCGCCUCCACGCGCACCGCCCGUACUCAUAAUAAUGGCCGCCUUGCCCACCCAGCCCGCCGUCUCUUUCUCCUUCUCUUGUUCCCUACGGAUCGUCAAAUCGAGGUCUUGAAGGAAGUUGCUUCCAUUCGCUCUCCUCCUCUUGUUCU